AUCAUGCGAGAGGGUACAGUUUAGCGCUCGCUAGUCACCCGGCGGUAGGAUCUUCUUCCUCUGGAGUCUCACCUGGUGGGGGUGGGUUUUGUAUUUCAUUGACGAAACCAAAAUCCAAACCAACCAAACGAAAAAAUAAUAAUAAUAAUAAAUAAAUAAAUCAAAGAAUUUCAAGAAUUGGUUCACAGAUCUGGAAAAGGGUUGUGUCAGAAACUUACUCAGUCCUGACUUAUUUGUCAUGAGAAUGGUCAUUAAGAAGUGUGUAUUUGGAUAUCUAUAUACACUGCAGAGAUGGUAUUAUUGAUAGCUACCGCGAAGCAAAGGAUUGGAGAAGCCAAUCAAUGUAUUGAAGAGGAGUGAGUCUAGUUGUGUUAAUUGCAGGAUGGACGACCACACAUUUGUUGUUGGUCAAGAGUUCCCUGAUGUCAAGUCCUUCCGGAAUGCAAUAAAAGAAGCUGCAAUUGCACAACAUUUUGAGCUUCGUAUUAUAAAAAGUGAUCUUAUUCGUUACUUUGCAAAGUGUGCCACAGAUGGUUGUCCAUGGCGCAUUCGUGCUGUCAAGCUUCCUAAUGUCCCAACCUUUACAAUAAGAAGCCUUGAAGGGACACAUACAUGUGGUAGAAAUGCUCACAAUGGACACCAUCAGGCAUCUGUUGAUUGGAUUGUGAGUUUUAUAGAGGAGCGUUUGCGAGAUAACAUCAACUAUAAACCAAAGGAUAUAUUGCAUGACAUUCAGAAACAAUAUGGGAUCACCAUUCCAUAUAAGCAAGCUUGGCGUGCAAAGGAACGGGGACUUGCUGCUAUUUACGGCUCUUCUGAAGAAGGAUAUUGUCUGCUUCCUUCAUAUUGUGAGCAAAUAAAGAAAACCAACCCUGGAAGUAUUGCAGAUGUGUUUACCACUGGUGCAGAUAACCGUUUCCAGCGGCUCUUCAUUUCAUUUUAUGCAUCAAUAUAUGGUUUUCUGAAUGGUUGCUUGCCCAUUAUUGGCCUUGGGGGAAUCCAUCUUAAAAGCAAAUACCUUGGUACCUUACUCUCGGCAACUUCUUUUGAUGCUGAUGGGGGGUUAUUUCCGCUUGCAUUCGGUGUUGUUGAUGUGGAAAAUGAUGAGAGCUGGAUGUGGUUCUUAUCAGAAUUGCACAAGGCAAUAGAAAUGAACUCAGAGAAUAUCCCACAGCUAACAUUUUUAUCAGAUGGACAAAAGGGCAUCGUGGAUGCAGUCAGAAGAAAAUUCCCAAAUUCUUUUCAUGCAUUUUGUAUGCGCCAUUUGAGUGAAAGCAUUGGCAAAGAGUUCAAGAACUCGAGGCUCGUCCAUCUUCUAUGUAAAGCUGCAUAUUCCACCACCAGUAUUGGUUUCAAAGAAAAAAUGGUUGAAAUCGAGGAGGUUUCGCCUGAUGCUGCAAAGUGGCUGCAACAGUUUCAUCCUUCCCGCUGGGCAUUAGUAUAUUUUGAAGGAACACGUUAUGGUCAUCUAUCAUCAAACAUUGAAGAGUUCAAUAGAUGGAUUCUUGAAGCUCGUGAGUUGCCUAUAAUCCAGGUGAUUGAAAGAAUUCAUAGUAAAUUGAUGGCUGAGUUUGAAGAGCGGCGGUUGAAGAGUAAUUCCUGGUUUUCUGUGCUUGCCCCAUCUGCUGAAAAGCGAAUGAUGGAAGCAAUCAGUCGUGCUUCUACUUAUCAAGUUCUUCGAUCUGAUGAAGUUGAAUUUGAGGUUCUCUCAGCUGAGCGAUCAGACAUUGUGAACAUUGGUUCUCAUUGUUGUUCCUGCCGUGAUUGGCAGCUCUAUGGAAUACCAUGUUCUCAUGCUGUUGCAGCCCUAAUCUCAUGUCGGAAAGAUAUAUAUUCCUUCACAGAGAAGUGUUUUACUGUUGCCAGUUACCGGGAGACAUAUGCUGAAGAGAUAUAUCCUGUCCCUGGAAAGCUAGAAUGGAGGAAAACAGAUGAACCUCCUGCAGAUGAUGACGCACCACUCGUCCGGCCUCCCAAGUUUCGUCGACCACCAGGACGCCCUGAAAAGAAACGAAUUUGUGUAGAAGACAUUAAUCGUGAGAAACAUACGGUACAUUGUAGUAGGUGUAACCAAACUGGACAUUAUAAGACAACCUGCAAAGCAGAAAGUAUGAAUAGUAUUGAACAGUUUUAGGUGUCUAAUUUUGUAAGUUAUAAAGCACCUAAAUGUUAGUUACUGCAGUGUAGAAUAGCGGUUGCUUUGUAGCUAAUACUUAGUCAGGUCAUGUAAAAUAGGAACUCUCUACUGUAAUCUAGGUGAAUGUGUAAUGGGAAUGUACUUAAAAGUAUGUCAGCACAAAUUUGUUCA